AUGGAUCUGCCCUCUCUGCUACUGUGUAUACUGCUGGAAGUCCUGGCUGUGAGCUGUCAACAGCUGAUGCAGCAGGGCCGUAUAGUGGGGGGAUACACACCGGCUCCACACUCUAUCAAGUACAUUGUGUCAAUACAGAAAACCAUGGGUCAGCACUUCUGUGGGGGCUCUUUGGUAAACAAAUACUGGGUACUCACAGCAGCACAUUGUAAUAUGGGGGUAAAUGAAAUGGUAAUCGUGGCUGGUGACUUCUCUCUGAGCAGAUAUGAGGGGACAGAGCAAUUCUUCAUCCCCCAUCUUUUGAUACCACAUCCUCAGUACAACAGCAUCACCAACAACAAUGAUAUCAUGCUUAUAAAGCUCAGGGCCCCAGUUUACCUCAACAGUUACGUGACCACUGUCCCGCUGCCCAGGCAGGGCGCCUCCCUAGCGGAGGGUAGAGUGUGUCGGGUGUCAGGCUGGGGAUUCACAAGCUCCAGUGGAGGCCAGAUCCCCUCCUCUCUCCAAACAGUCAAGCUCCCCAUCGUCUCCACAGAGAAAUGCAAUGGCACUGACUCCUUCAAUGGCAACAUCACAGCCAACAUGCUCUGUGCCGGUUAUAGUGCUGGUGGAAAGGAUGCCUGUAGGGGGGACUCCGGUGGUCCACUAGUAUGUGAGGGCCGGGUCUAUGGCUUGGUGUCCUGGGGAAAAGGUUGCGCUGAUGCUCGGUAUCCUGGAGUCUACACGGCUGUGUCCAAGUUCCGCAGUUGGAUAGACAACACCAUAUUCAGCUACUACAGCAGGUGCACCAAGAAUUAG